GAUCAUGGAGUACGGUACCGGUAUUAAUCGAUAUCCUGCAAACGAACACAAUACAAUAGCCGGUGCUGUGAAUAGGAGAAGUGCCGAGCAGACGACGAUAAUGGGAACUAAAAAUGGACGAUUAGAUGGCAAGAAAACGCCUACAAAUAAAAAGUUUAGAUCUAGGAAGGAAAAUGGAGGCAACAGGGAAUCUUCGGAGAUAAAGUGGAUGUUUUCAACGUGGAAUUUGGCCGUGAUUUCACUAGCUCUGACGUUUGGUGUGUUACAUGGGUGGCACAUCUCUAGUAUGUUUGAGAAUGACAGAUUCUUCUCACAUUUAUCUGACCUGGAAAGAGAGAUGACAUUCAGAACAGAAAUGGGGUUGUAUUACUCUUACUACAAGACGAUGAUAACGGCCCCUAGCAUGGGACAGGGUCUUCUUGCUAUCAUGCAUGAUAAUGUGACGGAGUAUCCUAGCACCAUCAACACGCUCAAGAGAUUCAAUCUCUACCCUGAGGUUGUAUUAGCAGCAGGUUUUAGAUUCUAUGAUGGAGUCACAAAACUCCUGGAUAUCAAGACUAAGGAUUGUUACACAGUAAACCGAGGAAGAGGUCUCAGUCCAGUACUUAAUUGUGAAGGAAUGGGAGAUCCAGCUUAUUACUAUGUGAAUUGGAUCUUCAUUGAGAACGGCUUCUUAGUGUCUCUCUUAUUCGUCUUUGCUACAUACCUCAGUGAAAGCCUUCUUGGUGGUCUAAUAACUGUAGCUGCUUUCUUCUAUAACCAUGGAGAGUGUACACGAGUGCAGUGGACCCCUCCGCUAAGAGAGAGCUUUGCAUACCCUGUGUUUGUUCUUCAGAUGCUCCUGGUUACCCAUGUCCUCAGGAUUUCUAAGCCGAUGUGGUAUCACAGUGUAGCCAUCGGUGCAGGUGUGGUUGCCUUCAUGCUGCCAUGGCAGUUUGCUCAGUUUGCACUACUGACACAGACCCUGGCUGUGUUCGCUACCUACAUGCUGGGUUUCGCAGGCUCCAGCAAGGUCAGAUGCAUUCUUCAGGGGCAAAGUCUUGGCCUAUUUGUGAGUUACAUCAUGCUGUUUGGUAAUGAAAUGUUACUUACUUCAUUCUUUGCUGCCUGUCUUCUCACUGUCUGGCUUAUUCUUUUUAUGGAACCUGUAUUGGAGAAACUGCAACAUAGGAUCAUUAUUUGGAUAUGUCAGCUAUGCCUUCUGUUUGGUGGGACCUUAGUGGUGAAGCUAGUCCUCUCCACUUGUCUAAGCAUAGAAGACGAUGCUCAUAUUGCCAAUCUGUUCAGGUCUAAGUUCUCAGGAUACAAAGACUUCCAUACCAUGCUCUAUACGUGUGCAGCAGAGUUUGACUUCAUGCAAAAUGAGACGGUCAUCAAAUUCCUGAAGACAUUUCUCCUGCCUAGUUCAGCAAUAGCAAUACUGGUUACAAUAAUCCAUCUAUUCAGGGUAUUCUUACAGCCAAAGAUGGAGGAGAAUCAUAAACACAAAAAUGGAAGCAGCCGUGAACAAGUAACCGAGAGGAAUGAUGAUAUUCCUGCCAAAGACGAACUAGAGGUCAGGCAACUUCCUAAUGCAGAGCUGGUAUACCAUCUGUUGCAGCUGUCGGCUUUCCUGGUGAUGGCAGUACUUGUCAUGAGACUGAAAGUCUUCUUCUCACCACACCUAUGUCUUAUCUCAAGCAUGCUGGCAUCCAAACAGAUAUUUAAGUUCUUCAGAUCAGACAUGCAUCACCAAGCUGCAAUAUUCAUCUUACUUGCAAUGAUGUCCGUCCAGGGCUUUCUGAAUCUUCAGCAUCAACGGAGCAUACAGGGAGACUUCUCUAAUCCACCACAAGAAGAACUGCUUGAGUGGAUUAUGCAAAACACAUCAAAAGAUGCGGUGUUUGCAGGACCAAUGCCUACCAUGGCUUCCAUCAAACUAUCAACAGGGAGGAGGAUAGUCAAUCAUCCACAUUAUGAAGAUGCUGGACUAAGAGCAAGGACCAAGUUAGUAUAUGCCAUGUACAGCCGCAAACCAGGCAAGGAAGUCCAUGAGGGUUACAAGUCUCUCGGAGCACAGUAUGCCAUCCUCGAGAGAUCCUGGUGCAGCCGCAGAUCCAAGUUUGGGUGCAGCAUGCCAGAGAUAUGGGAUAUUGAGGAUCCAAUCAAUGCUUUCAAGAGACCGCUAUGCUUGCGGAUUGAAGAAAGAUCUACACCCUACUUUUCUCCAGUGUUCACCAAUGGAGUGUACACAGUUCUCCGAGUCUGAUGCAGUAAUUCUGGCAUGGGAAUAUCAUACUAAAGAAUUGAGGAAGGCAAUCAGGGUUUCAGGAAGUGCUGAAGAGAGAGACCAUUGUGCUUGUGGAUUGAAGAAAGAUACGUUUCAGCGGUGUUCACAAAUGGAGUUUACACAAUUCUCAAAGUUUGAAAAAACAUUUGGAAUUCAGGAAGGUGCUACUCUAUAUUAACCAGUGAUCACAAGUGGAGUCUAUACCUUGCAAAAUGUUUGAUAAAUUGGUUAGGAGAGACCAAUGUGCUUGCAGAUUGAAGAAAGAUCCACACCCUAAUUUUCACCAGUGUCUACAAAUGGAGUGCACGCAGUUAUCAAAGUUUGAUCAAAUGCUGACAAGAGAACAUCGUACUUGAAAAUUGAGAAAAGCACAACACCGUACUUUACACCAGUGUCAACAAAUAGAGUGCACACAGGUCACAGUUAUCAAAGUUUGAUCAAAUGCUGACAAAAGAACACCGUACUUGAGAAUUGAGAAAGGCACAACACCGUACUUUACACCAGUUUGUGUGGAGUGCUGAAAGCCUAGUGAAGUUAUGCUUUGAGAUUAAGCAUUACAAGACAUUUAACUUUCCACCUCUUGUUCAGUAAUAAUGGAACCUUACCAUUUUGAGUUUGGUCAUCACGUUUGUUGAUUAUAGAACAGUAUCUUAUAACCAAAUGCAAGAGUUCUAAAUUUUCCGCAGGAGAAGUACACUCUUCCAAGUUUAAUCGUCACAUUAAAAAAAUCUGAUUGAACUAUAUUUAUAUCUACUACCGCAAUAGUUUUCCAGAAAAGAAACUCCAUUUGAAGUUUAGUCAUCCAUUUGUUCAACUUCUUGAACCACAAUAUUAUUUUGCUUAUUUAUUUGUCUUCCUUUGGUUUGUCAGCAGUAAAUGUGUUUUACUAUAUACAAUCAUCAGGAAAAUUCAAGGUAUUUUGUUUUUUCUGCGUUGAGCUAGGAGGGCAUCCACACAUAUACUAUAACACAGAGUUAAUGCCCUUCUGGCUCUAUACAGACAAUUUCUUGAUUGUAAAUUGUACAUUUCUUGACUGAAAAUGCAGGGUGAUUAACAAUUUUGAAACUUUAGGCUGAAAGUAGUUGGAAUUUGUUUCAAAUACUUGGUAAAUGUUUUCUAACCAGUUUUCUGUCGUUUACUGUACUAAAAUUUUAGUGACAUACUUUUACAUUGUAACAAAGAGCCUUUUGUAUCCUUUGUAUUUCCUUCUUGCCUUGGUAUAUUCACCUUGAAUGUUUGCAACGUUUCAUCAUCUCGUGAGGACUAGAAAGACCUAAAUCAACUUAAUUUGGGAGUCUGAGAAAAUAGUCAUUAGGGCAUCAGUAAAGGUAUGAUUGUGAGCAACUAUCCAGUAUAAAAUUCUGUCACAAAUGUACUUGCAUGUAAAUUUAUAUGUCAAGCCCCUCCGUCGCAAUUAACAGAAGACUUUUACCCAUAUGUUAAAAUGAUACUUUAAUUGAUGUAAAAUAUAAAUUGUUAACUUGAAUAAGGCAAGAAUGAUUCUCAUUGUUUCAAAAACUGAGUCUUGCUAUCAUAAAAACUGUUAACAAAUAAAAGCAAUAAUUAUGCAUGCAGGAGGUAUUUUUCCAACACAUGCAGGAUUUGUGUGUGCAACAAAAGCAAUGAUUAUGGAAACAAGGUACUGUUUGUUCUAGUAGCAAGAAUAUACACAUCAAACCUACCAGGGCAAUAACAUGAAUAUACAUCAUAUAUUAUUCCAAGACAGAAUAUUACCCACCAAAUGGAGUAAAAAUACAGAUGAAAGGUGUAUUAGAUCUAUGAAUUUAUGUAUAUAUAUUUAAUGAAAAGUGCUUGUAAAGUUACUGAUGACUCCAUUUCUUUUUACCAAGAUAUUGGCCAUGUUGAUGAAUCAGUUUCAUAAACUUAUAUUUGAAUGAAUUCAAAGUUUCAAUCCAAUUCUUUAAAUGGUGCAGAUAUACAAUAAACCAUUGUAAUAAAACAAA